AGUCUUUCCCUAUUUUGUUCAAAAUCUGCCCUUUCUUUAUAAACUAACUCACACAGAAAAACCAAACCGACAAACAAAAACUACACUGUAAUCCAUCUAAUCAAAUCCAAUAUCUAUCCAUCCAUUUGAAUGGCAAUGGCAAUGGCAAUGGCUUCCUCCUCUUUCUUCGCCUUCUCCUCGCUUAUCGCCAUCGCAUUUCUCCUCUUCUCCGCUCCAGUUCUCUCCAAAGAUGAAGAAGACAACCUUCUGCAAGGCCUAAACAGCUACCGUCAGGCGCAGAACCUCCCGCCGCUGACGAAGAACGCGAAAGCCGAUUGCAUCGCGAACGAGAUCGCGGACGACGCCAAAGACCAGCCCUGCUCCGUCACCACCGCCAAAUCCAACGUCGUCGCGAGCCGCCCCUCGCAGCUCACCAAGUUCCAGGACUACGCCGAGAAAUGCAAGGUCGACGUGAACUCCACCGCCGACGCCGUCGCGAUGCCGGUCUGCGUCCCUAAGCUGGUCCAGACUCUGCUGCUCGCGAACUACACGCACUCGCAGUACGCCAGGUAUUUGAACGAUUCGAGGUUCGUCGGCGCCGGGCUCGGGAAGGAGGACGACUGGAUGGUGGUGGUUCUGACCACCGGAGGGCCCGGCGGGAGCUUUGCCGGCUCGGGGGCGGUCUCGAUUGGAGGAUCGGUGGGGACGAUGAUGGUUUUGUUAGGGCUUUUGAUUGGGAUUUUUGUGAGUUUGUAGAAAGUACUGAUCUUACCGGCGGUUUUACUCUGUUCGAUAGGUUUUUGGGUUUGGAGUCUUUGGACUUUGAUUGGUGUGUGUAAACGUCGUCGUAUUAUUCUAAUGGACAGGUUUCAGUUUUAGUUUUCCA